AUGGAUAAGCUUAUUAAACCGGGUAAAUCCGACGCCUGCCGGACGUCGUUAGCUGAGAUUUUUGACGUGCCGUUAAGGAUGUAUGCAGUUCAAGUUGUUCUUCUUCUUUUGACUACUUCCAUCGCAAACUCACAAAUGUAUAGCUACCAUAGAACUUACCACCGUUAUCUGAGACCAGUAGCUGAGAAUGUUAUUAAGAAAUUUGAAAACAAAACUAUAGCGGAGCUGGAACAAAUGCAGAUGGAACGGAUGGCAAAAAUGGAGCGAACCUUUGGCACAAGAGAGGACAAAGAGAAAAUUGAUAGAAUGGUAUUGGAAGAACUUGAGAAGCAAGCCAAAGAAUUUGAGGAGCAAUGGAAGAUUUUGCGAAAAAGCAUGAGGGAAAAGUUUCGUAUUUCGAGGCCAAACGUGCAUUGAUGAGAAGAAAGCUCGCAAGAGAGGAACGAGCGAAGGAGCUAAAAACGGCUAUGAAAAUCGUGAAAAUCGAAGAAAAAAAAUUCCCAGCUUCAAAACUUUCUCAGAACGCUUGAGUUUUUUUCAAACCAUCCUUAUUUUUCUGUUAUAUGCUAUUUGAUCGAAAUAAAGGGAGGAGACAACGCGCUUC